AUACAUGAGAAGAUUGGAGCUGCAGCAGAGGAGAAGGCAACAUGAGAAUAUAGCCAUCGCACAUCAUACACAUAGCUAGUAAACAUUACCAGAAACAUCAUCACCAUCAUCAUUACUACUUUUAUUAUUUUAUUCUCACUAUUUAAUAGAAAAGUUUAAAACUCCAGUUUUGUAAUUCAGAACUCUGUUCCCAUGAUGUCAUACCUGUGGAUUCUCCUGCUGGGCAGUUUGGUGAUUGGAGCCAAGACACAAGAAGACCCUGCUGCUGAGCCAGAAACAAAGGAAGCAGAGGCAGAAGCAGCAGAGCCCGAGGCAGAAGCAGAGGAAGUAGCCGCAGAGCAGGCCCCAGCAGCUGAGGAGGCCCCGACAGGAGAAGUGGAGGAGGCUGCAAAAGAGGAGGAGGCUGCAAGUUCUGAGGUUGCUCCGACUACAGACCAAGAGGCUGCAGCUGCAGAAGAGGAGGCUCCGACUACAGACCAAGAGGCUGCAGCUGCAGAAGAGGAGGCUCCGGCUACAAAGGAUGAGGCUGCAACUGCAGAAGGAGAGGCUUCGACAGAGGACACAGAAGUAGUAGAAGAACCAGCAGUGGAAGUAGAGGUGGCCCCUGAAGCUGAGCCAGAACCAGGGGAGGCGGCAGAACCAGAAGCAGAGGAACCUGCUGUAGAAGAGGAAGCUGCAGAGUCGGAAGCGGCGCCUGCACCAGAAGACGGAGGUGAACUAGAUCUGUCUGAAGCUGUUGAACCAGAAGCUGAGCCUGAAGCACAAGAGGAGAGCGAGCCCACAAAGGAGACACCCAUGGGAGGGAAGAGCCGCCGAGGGGGCUCAGUUGGCACAGCGGAAGCUCAAGGGGCUAGCUCUGGCUCGGUUGUGAGCAUUCUGUGUGCUAUCGGCGUGGCGAUCGUUGGAGCUGCCACCGGAUACUUCGCCUAUCAGAAGAAGAAGCUCUGUUUCAAGAACAGUGGAGGGGAUGUAGUGAGUGGCCCUAAGGAGAAGGCUGAGACCCAGUCAGAUCCCCAGGGUACGUAUUCUCAGCAAUUUGCUGACUAAUUCAUCCUAGAUCAUCUGAGAUUCCACUGGAAAAGAACCAGGACCAGCGGCAGAGUUUCCCACAACGCACGCACACGCACACGCACACGCACACGCACACGCACACACACACACACGCGCAUACACUCAAACACAGAUUUGUCUCAAUCUUUAGGCCUUGAACUGAUAUAGCUGUAGAACUGUGAGAUAGUUGUGUGGGGUUAUGAACCUUCAGUACCACGUUAGAGUGUGAGACCAAUCAGUAGUAUCUCUGUGUCUUCGAAUGAUCACAUUUGUAAUCUGUUUAAAGGGGUGACAUUUUCUGUCCACUAAACCGCACCGAAACAAUGUAUGUCUAUUUCUACUAAUACUAGUCCUCGGAUGUACUGUACUGUAGCUCAGAACCUCAUUCUAUGUUGUCUAUGAGAAGGCAGCGCAAUUUAUAUGGAUCUAUCGUAAACAAUGUGUAUAGGCACAGCUCAUGAUUAUUAGUUCCUAGGUUAUUUUGGAUAAAAUGGCUCCUCUAUUUGAAAUGGUACUUUUGUUUGUUGUUGGUUUCUUGAUUUAGCCUGGUCCCAUGUUGAUUGUGCUGUAGCCAACUCUUUUAGCCUGGUCCCAUAACGAAUGUAGCCAACUCUUCUAUCAUUGUCAAGCCAUACACAUUUGGGGUAACAAUUAAGGAACUCCGAGAUGAGUUGGCUAAAGCUGCAACAGACUGGACUAGUCAGACUACUAGUCUGGCUAGUAGUGUUGUUCAGGAAGCUGUAUGAGAGCUGGGAAGUGGAAGCUGUAUGAGAGCUGGCAAAGAGGACAGAAGAUGUCGCCCCUGUUGUGUGUUUGCUUGGUAUUUUGGGGGGCUUGGAGACCUUUACCUGCGGGUUGUCUAAAAGGUAACAAUGAAUGUGAACAUUUAUCAAAUCAAAUCAGAGUUUAUUUGUUGCAUGCAAAGGGUCGUAGAUAUGAUUGCAGGGUACUGCUCUGUAGAUGGUUCACCUGGCAGGCCUGAUCACGAUUCUAUCUCACUACUAGUGCCAGUCUGAAAUGGCUCCCUGUUCCCUCUAUAGUGGAAUUAUUUUGGAGCCCUGCUAUGAAAGGAAUAGGGAGCCAUUUUGGACAUAGCUCUAGACCAGUUAGGGGGGGGUAAAGUAGUGACCCGCCGGACACUUCAAUCCAGCCCGUGAGACAUACCCCCUUUCUCCCCAAUUUCGUGGUAUCCAAUUGGUAGUUACAGUCCUGUCCCAUUGCUGCAACUCCCGUACGGACUCGGAAGAGGUGAAGGUUGAGAGCCAUGCGUCAUCUGAAACAUGACCCAACCAAGCCGCACUGCUUCUUGACACAAUGCCCACUUAACCCGGAAGCCAGCCGCACCAAUGUGUCAGAGGAAACACCAUACACCUGGCGACCGUGUCAUGCGCCCGGCCCGCCACAGGAGUUGUUAGAGCACAAUGGGACAAGGAAAUCUCGGCCUGCCAAACCCUCUCCUAACCUGGACGACGCUGGGCCAAUUGUACACCGCCUCAUGGGUCUCCCAGUCAUGGCCAGCUGUGACACAGCCUGGGAUCAAACCCGGGUCUGUAGUGAUGCCUCAAGCACUGCAAUGCAGGAGGCCCCCAAAUUGAUUUUAACAAACAAUUGGUCCCCCAAUUGUUGAAUUUCAAAAUCCCGAUGUGGCCCUCGAGCAAUUAAGGUUUGCCCACCCCUGCUCUAGACUUAGGCAGGACUGUCACACACUUCACCAUGGAGACUCAGGGGUCUCCAACGCCCGUCCUGGAGAGCUACUGGGUGCACUGUGCUGUUAAUGCAGGUCUGGAACAAAAGCCUGCACACCCAGCAGCUCUCCAAGAUCACAAUUGGAGAACCCAGUACCUGCUUCACACUAUAGGGCCGACCCGAACAGUACUGUGCUGGCCAUCAUAUUUUCUUUUCAUAUUGUUCUUUCCAACAAGGCUCCAGCAACUAUGGUGGAUGCGUAACCAGGCCAGCCCAGUACAGCUUCACAGUCGAAGACUUAAACUCCAGAGCAGCUCUUUCUGCUUAGCUUGGUCCCAUGAUCUGUGUGUCCUAACUGCUCUGAAUAUCAUUGUCUUGACAAGGCCUCUUUUGGAGAAGCACUUUCCCAAUCUGAUCAUGUUUUGAGUAAUGAUGAUACAAGUUGGUAUACCGAAUACUACGGUCUUCUAUUUAAGGAAUCUGUCUUUAUCUUGUGUUUGAGAAUUGUGUGAUUUUAAUCUUUUAGCACUUAUUUGUUUUGCUUUGAAUAAUGUUGGAGACCUGAAUAAAGGAGCUGUUAAGGGGGAA